GCAAAAACGUGGACUCAACGGUACCUUCUCACUCCGCAGCUUCCAAAGCACUCUUCUCUCUCUGCAAUGUAGGUUGCCGGAAAAUGGCAAACUGUCACCGUAACAACGUCGGAAACAUCGUUCUCGGCCACCACCCAACCAAAACCACCACCACAUUCUCCACCCACUUCCGCCUAUGGAACUCCCUCUCCGCCGCCUCCUUCCGCCGCGUCGUCCUCGACGCCGUCAGCUGCGGCGCCAGCUCCCGCUACCACCACCGACACACCUUUGACCAAAACGACGAUUCUCCCUCCGCCGCCUCGACCGCCAGAUCAGACUCCUCCAUCUCCGACGAGAAGCGGCGACACCAGGGCUCGAGGUCGGAGAAGCUCUCCGAUCUGCUGAGCGUGGCGGAGUCGGAAGCGGAGGCUGAGACGAAGAAGAAGGAGGACGCGCUGGAGGAGAUGAAGCGUCUUGUGGCGGAGCUGCAUCAGGGUGAUGAUACGGUGAAGCGGCGAGAGGCUGCCGCCACCGUGAGGAUGCUCGCGAAGGAGGACUCGCAUGUCAGGGGAACGCUCGCAAUGCUUGGUGCUAUACCACCUCUGGUUGCAAUGCUCGACUCCGAAGACCUCGAUUCUCAGAAAGCUUCGCUGUAUGCGUUGCUCAAUCUGGGUAUCGGAAACGACGCAAACAAAGCAGCAAUUGUGAAAGUUGGCUCUGUUCACAAGAUGCUCAAGCUCAUUGAAUCUCCAGAAGGUCUAGAUUCAGGGGUGUCUGAAGCAAUCGUUGCGAAUUUCCUUGGAUUGAGUGCUUUGGAUUCGAACAAACCGAUAAUUGGGUCAUCUGCUGCAGUACCAUUUCUAGUUAGAACCCUUCAGAGUUCAGAUGUUAAAACUAGCUCCCAGGCUAAGCAAGAUGCUCUGCGAGCGCUGUACAAUCUUUCAAUCUUCCCGGGGAAUAUUUCAUUCAUUCUGGAAACCCAUUUGGUCCCGUUUCUGAUAAACUCAAUAGGGGACAUGGAAGUAACCGAAAGAAGCCUCUCAAUCCUGAGCAAUUUGGUAUCGACCCGGGAGGGUAGAAAAGCUAUCAGUGCUGUGCCGGAUACCUUUCCCAUCCUGGUGGAUGUAUUGAACUGGACCGACUCCCCUGAAUGCCAGGAAAAGACUUCGUACGUUUUGAUGGUGAUGGCGCACAAAUCCUUUGGUGACAGGCAGGGUAUGAUUGAGGCGGGGAUUGUGUCGUCGUUGCUUGAGUUGUCGCUUCUCGGAACCACAUUGGCUCAGAAAAGGGCCUCGAGGAUGUUGGGAAGCUUGAGGGUGGACAAAGGGAAGUAUGUCUCUGGGAGCUGUGGCGGAAAUUUAGGCGCAACUGUCUCUGCCCCUAUUUGCGGCUCUUCAUCUUCUUGUGCAAAGCCAGAUGGAGGAGGGAAAGAGGGAUCUGAGGAGGAUGAAGAUAUGAUGAUGAGUGACGAGAAGAAAGCGGUGAAGCAAUUAGUCCAGCAGAGUUUGCAAAACAACAUGAGGAAGAUUGUGAAGAGGGCCAACUUGCCGCACGAUAUCGUUCCAUCCGAUCAUUUUAGGUCUCUCACUUCGAGUUCGACUUCAAAGAGCCUACCAUUCUGAAGAAUUGCAGCUGUAUGAAGAGUAAACCAUUAACUAAAUGCAGAUCCAAAUGGAAUGGAAUGGAAGAUGGAUUUUUCAACUGAGAUCUGGUUGUGAUGGAGAGGUGAGCUGUUUGCUGCAAAUAAGGCAUUUUGUCCCCACUAUGUAAAUGUUACAUGAUGUCUCGUGGGGUCUAGUUAUUUUGUAAUGUUAUCUUUUAGAUAUUGCUUUAAUUUAUUAGACUUUAGUGUAAAUAUUCUAAUGUUAAUGUUUCUGGUCUUAACCAUUUAAGUAUAUCACCUUCCAUCAUGUGCCAAUUAAGGGGGCAAUUAAAUUAAGGAUUGGUUUUUCAUUUAUUUCC